AUGAAACGUGCAAGGCAAGCAAAAACGUCAGAUGAAGGAGUGAUUGCCAUGAAGAAUAAAUAUUCAAAGCCAAAUUUUGGUCGUCGUCUGAAAGAACCAAAUAUAUCUGAUUUGUGUGAAAGAACAGAUGAAAGAAAGAUGAUCGUUCAACCUGUUCAAGAAACUGAAGUUGAAGAUUUUGAAAAACUAGCUGAUUCAAUGAAUCAAGAAUUAGUUAAAAAUCCAGUUGGUAACGAUAUGAUAAAGAAUCUAUGGCGUAAAACAUACAAUUAUCGUCGUCAUUAUAUUCAAACAAACAAAACAGUUGAUAUUUUGCUUAAAUUUCCUGCAUAUCGUCUGAUGAAUUUAUUAUUUGCUGAUGUUCAAAUGCUCACUGGUGUCAAUGUUGAAAAAGCAGCGAAUGAAAAAUUACCAGAUCUAUUAGAUAAGAUUGGAGAUAACAAUCAAUUUCUUUCUGAUAUCAUACCUAUUCGUUGUAUAAAAAUUCUCGGUAGUAUAUUUAAUGAUCCAUGGAAACACUAUCUGUGUGCAACAGAUCAGGUAAGACUGUCAUUCUUUCUUCUAUGGCAGAGAACAAACCUUCUGAGUUUUUCCUCAAAAGGGUUGGAAAUAUCUGCGAAACGAACAAAUUUUCUUGGUCAGUGGACGUUAAAAAUUUAAGUGCAUCAGUAAAAGUAGAUUUUUCUGUGUAUCUCUGUUCUGAGCGGAAUUUGGUAGGAAAAGAACAGUAAUAUCCAGUGCAAAGGAUAUAUUCCUUUUUACUGUUAGAUUAGAUAUCAAGACAGAAUGGUCUAUCAUCAAUAUAAACAAUUAGUCUAACUUUGAAAAAUUUCGCAUUUUCUUGAACAUUUGCUUUUUGAGAAAUCUUUGUGUAAAAGCAAUUUUUCACUUAGAAACCGAUGAUUCCCCAAUCGUCGAUUGUAACCAGCUAUAACGAAUUGAAACUAAUGUUAGAUUGGGAAGUGAUAUGUUAUCCAGGUACAAUCGAGCAAGCUGUAUGUGCGAUGAUAUCACUAUAUGUCGUUUUUAGCAUCAAAUUUAAUUGCCAUCGAAUACUAUCACGAGUACUAAAUGUUGAAUGAAUUAUUGAAGAUCGUCUCCAUAAAUGCACAAUACCUCCCUACUUGCACCUCUCCAAAAAACCUCCUCCUAGUGAUUUAAAGUUUUCUUUUACAUAUCAAUCGAUGAAGAAUUAUCAGCCAUCAAAAUAAUAUAAUUUAGUUUUUGGUGAAGCUGGACUCGCGAUUUCUAGAUCCAAAAUAUUAAAAAAAGUAUGGUUGAGAAAAAGCGAUUUUUCCAGUUUUUGCCUUGUGAUCGCCCAGGAUGUUACCUGUCACUGUACCUUUUUGCAGUGAUUUGGUAGACCAAACAUUUCUUUUUCCUAUGAGAUGUGAACGAGCCGUAAGGAUCAAGCUGUUUCUGAGAUAUUAAGGCCCCCCCUGUAACGGCCAUGUCCGUUAUCUUUCAUUACUCCUCGUCAAAUACAGUGAUAUUAUUUCUAAGAACCCGAAGUUACGUUAGUAUAAUGUACCUCUGUGUCCUUUUGCUUAAUCUUUAGUUCGAGAUUUUUGU